GUGGUGGCGUGGAUCUCGCAGUGGGCCGACGACCACCUGGUCCUCGUUCGGAACAUCAGCACUGGAAUGGCUGUCGCUGGAAUGAUAUUACUUUUAAGAAGUGUUCGAGUGACAUCAAAAUUCACAAGUUCUUCAGAUAUUCCAACAGAAUUUAUAAAAAAGAAUAUUAAACUACGCGGACGAUUAUGUCGAAUAACCGAACACGGGUUGGAAAUUGAACACGUUCCAAUUACUUUACCUAUUUUAUCUUCUUGGAAAAAAGAGCCGCGUGGUGCUUUGCUGGUGAAGCUGGCUGGGGUAGAGCUGACUGAACACGGGAAGGAAUGGCUACAGCAGGAGCUGAAACCUUCCCAGCUCCUGUGGUUCCAGCUUCUGGGAAGGGAGAACUCAGCCCUCUUUUGCUACUUAUUACUGAACAGGGGUGGAUAUUUUAAUGUGAGCCUGAAUGAAGAAAUUUUGAGAAGAGGUCUUGGCAAAACUAUUCUUGUUAAAGGACUGAAUUAUGAUUCCAAAAUGUAUUGGAAAAUUCACAGAAACUUACUUAAAGCAGAACUAGUGGCCGUAAAAAAAGGAGAAGGAAUAUGGAAGGAAGACUCUGAAAAACAAAGUUAUAUGGAAAAACUCAGAGGCUCCUGGAGAGAAAUAUGGAAAGAAGACACUUAUUUUUCAAAAAUUGGAUCAAAUUUCAACUUAAAAAAAGGUUAUUUUGACAAAUUCAGAAGGACUUAUGAAACAUACAAAGAAAAAGUGAAUAGCUACUCCUUAAUACUGAAGCUCAGAGAACUUAAGAGUCGCAUAUAUUUUUGGAGAAAAGAGUGA